UACCAUUAACAUGGAGGAAGAGGGGAGGGACCUUUCCCCGCUGAGGAUCAAGGAUGUUGACACGCGCGACACGCAGUUCCAACGUUGGUCUCGUGCCGGAGGCAUGGUAAAAGCACGUUGGAUCAACUUGCAGGCUUUCUAUGAAGACUAGUUACCGGGCUUGUCCCGCUGAAUCGUAAAGGACACCAAUGGGGAACUCAUAUGCAGGCCAGCUGCGGACCACGCGCUUUGAGGAGGUUCUCCAUAACUCCAUUGAGGCAUCACUGAGGUCGAACACUGUAGUUCCCCGACCAGUCUUUUCGCAGCUAUACCUUGAGACAGAGCAGCCCCUGGCACAUGAUGGCCGUACAGAGAAUGAUGAUGAGGAUGAUGAAGAUGGCUCAGAGUCUAACAGCCCCCCAAUACCAUACCAGAUGAAGCCCCCACCAGAGGGAUGCUGCACCACAGAUGGUUUCUGUCAGGCGGGCAGGGACCUGCGUCUGUCCUCGCUGGCAUCAGAUCCCUUGGAUGUGCCCCCUGGGUUCAUGUUGGUUGCGAUAAAGUCCCCCUCCCUCCCUGAGACGCUGCUGGUGUGUGCUGUGGAUCGCCGCUUCCUGCCGGAUGAACGGGGUCGCAACGCACUGCUGGGCUUCUCAGGGAACUGUAUGGGCUGUGGAGAGAAAGGCUUUCGUUACUUCACAGAGUUCUCCAACCACAUUAACCUGAAGCUCAGCACCCAGCCCAAGAAACAGAAGCACUUGAAGUACCAUCUGUACCGAAACAACCAGGGCGUGCUGGUCAAAGGAGCUUCCAUCUGCUGGAGAGGACACGAUGGCAGGAUCAGGCAGUUGGGGUCCAGCCUCCCAGAGGGCCACGUGACAUCGGAUGAACAGCCACCAAGCCUGGCAUCACACACACUUGGCAGCUACCCAGCAGGAUCACAUGUGGACCCAACUGGUCUGCCACAAGUAGCUGACGGUCCCCACUCACUGACAAAUGGCAACCAUGCUGUUCCCUCCAUCACCCAGCCGCCUUUACAUCAAUCAGGGCCCGGGAGACCCUCAGUUACAGGGCCACAUGCAAAUGCUGGACCCCCAAAAAAGAGGCACAAGGGCUGGUCGCCUGAGUCAUCUGCCAACAGUCUGCCAGAGAGCACUGUGAAGACACCACUAUCUUCAUCGGCCUUAUCAACAUUAUCCAUGUCCUCUGCUCUAACAAAUGGAGCCAGACCGGAGACUGCUGCCCCACUGAGUUCAUCACAGGGGUCCUCAACCCCACUUUCUCCCCCAGGGCUGUCUGUAACAGUGCCUGAUGAGCUGCUCCACACCUGCAGACUUCAACCUGUCAUCUUCAAAGGUCAUGGCCCACUCCCUCAGCUGACGGGCAAUGUCAGUGAAGUGCUUGUUAGUUCUCUGCUGCAGAGUUGUUACCUGAGCUCCCAGACACUCCCCAGAGUCUACCAGCACUAUGGACCAUCACCCAUUCAGCCACUGUCCACUGAGAUGCAGAUUCUACUCACAGUUUACUACCUUGUUCAGCUAGGCCCUGACCAAGUGCCCCUGAUUGAGGACUUGGAGCAGAUAUUCAUGAGGUCAUGGAGGGAGUCUCACCUCAGUGAGAUAAGACAGUACCAGCAGCCUCAAACACCUGCCACCCAAGGGAGACACUAUGGCUUAGAGACCCCCUCCACCCUGCCUGGGCUCCCCCAGUACCUCUGUUUACCUCCCCAGAGCCAACAACCCCUGACCCCCAGCCAGCUUCCCUGGCUCGCCCAGCUGGCUGCGUCGUCAUGUGGAGAGGGCGUGGUCGUGUUAGGGGAGCAGAUCAAAUCUUUGGCUCAAGGCCUCCAACAAACAUUCAGACGGUUAAUGGAAGGACGGCUUGAAAACACCAACUAUGUGGUCAUUAUUGUCACUUCACCGGGACAAGAAACACAGUCCUGUGUGGUAGUCACAGGCAAACAUCAAUGUCGUGCCUUAGCAGAGAGUAUGUAUUCUCCCAAUGAGGGCCUGAAAGAAAUCAACCACCAGCUCACCACUGGUGUUGCCCAGGAUCUCAUCCACUUCUGCAAUUCACUCGGACAAGAUGGUGACAUGGAUUCCCUCUUGGACAGGGCCACCGUGGACAGCAACGAGCCAUCUCCUCCAUCCAGCAGUCAGGAAUCAACUGAAGACAAAAGUCUCAAAAACACACACAGUCCAAAAGACUCAGUCACACAGUGUUCAAAAGACUCACCCAGUGCCAAAGAGAGAGCUUCAAGUCCCAAAGACACUUGUUCAGAAUACUCCGUAGAGUGGCGGGAGGUUCGUCCCAUCCAGCUGGCAGUGGCUAGAAAGCUGCUGUCCCAUGUUUGUGCUAUAGCAGACUCCAGCACACAGAACCUGGACCUUGGCUCCUUUGACAGGGUCAGCUUCCUCAUACUGGUCCCACCCUCCGAGGUCACAUUUCAACAGACUGUGCUCCACCUCUGGAGCUCCGGUGUCCUUCAGGAGCUUGGGAGUUUAGACCAGGAGUGUGUGUCUCAACGGGAUGCUGAGCGUUACGUGGUCAAGAUGGACCAGAGCGCCCAGGCACGAAUUGACAACCUCAUUCAGGAAGCUCACAGCAACUCCUACACACUCUACAUCCUGGUCCAUGACCAUGCCCACUGGGACAUUAGGAGUGCAUCCUACAGCAGCUCAGACAGUGGUGUGGGUCUGGUGGACCAGCUUUUAAACUCCCGACAGGUCAGAGAUGCUCCAAACAUCCUAAUUCUCCACGUCACCUCCUUCCCCUUCGCUCUUCAGACACAGUACACCCGCAUCAGCCCCUACAACGAGAUCCACUGGCCCUCUGCAUUCAGUAAUGAUGUGGACCUGUAUCAUGAGAGGACGCGUUACUUUGGUGUGUCAGAGCUUCUAGAGUCGACUCGCUCAGGGAGCAGCCUGCCUUUGAUGCGUUAUGAUUCCUCCUUUGAAAGCAUGGCAUCUGCCUUGGAAGAAAGGUUCCCUAAGCUGCACAGUGCUGUGAUCCGGACUACAGUCCUGAUCCAGCACUACUGCGUAGCUCUGAUGGCUGCAUCCGGCAGAAUCGGCAGCUCUCACAAUCUCCACAAACACACCUCUGUGGAGACCCUGGAGAUUGUACAAUCCCUACUCACUGCUGCCCAGCAAUGCCCCGCCCACCAUGGUCACAUGGUCCUGCUCAGGAUCCCCUCUUUGGCUCUCGCUGCAUGGGCCCAUCGACGGCUGUCCAGAGUGCGGAGACAGCUGGGUCUGGAGGAGAGUUUUGAAAUCAUACUUGGAAAUCCAAACCAAGCUCUGAAUGUUGGACAGACAUUCACUGAUCAGAUCAAGACUUGGCUGAAGAUCCAGGAUUCUGACUGGGUUCCUUGUACCUACUUGGAGCUGGAGGCCCUUCCCUGCAUCCUGAUCCUGUCAGGAGCUGAGCCCCUGGGAGAAUCACUGCCCAGGUCACUGAAGUACUGUGACCUUCGGGUGAUAAGCUGCUCUUACCUUCAGCGAACCACACUCGAACAAGAGCUUGGACUGGCUGCUUAUCUAGUGAGGUCAGAGUCACGACCCCCACACAACCCCGGCCCAGGAAGUGACCUACUGGAGAGUGAUGCUGAAAAACUCAGCAGCACUGACAAUGAGGAGGAAGAGGGACAGGAGAACGGGGACUCCCCUCUGUCAUCCAGUCAGCAGCUCCAGUCAUGCCCAGACAGUGGAACUGCAGAUCCCUUCCCUGCCCAAAGCACCACCUCUCCAAAUGUCCAGAGAGGGACCAUGGACACCAUGCAAUCUCCCUCACAGACUCAAUGUCAUUCCCAGACCUCAACUCAGUCUUUUCCAUAUCCUCAAUCUACACCACAACACCAAACCCAACCUCAAGUUCAAAGUUAUUCCCAGGGCCAACCAAUCUCCCAGCUACAGCCACAAUCCCAAAUUCAGAGUCAAAACCAGCCGUUGUCUCAAACAAAUUCCCAAACUUACACUCAAACACUUCCCCAGCAUCAGUCCCUCUCCCAGAUGCCACCACCCAACCCUCAAUCUCAGCCACUUCCCCCCGCCCAGUCUCGUCACCAACACUCCAAAUCCACCUCCUCUGGCUCCUUGUCCCCCCGAGCCUCCUCUCCUCACCUGAGCUGCUCCUGGGCGCGGGGAGUGAGUCGCCCGCCAUCUGUGCUCCUCCCUCGUGCCCUCUACGACAUUAUCACAGCCAGUGACAGCAGCGGGCUUCCACGAUGUACCUCAUUCCUGCCACACAUGUCUGUCGCAUGGGCAAGCAGCUUCAGGCCCUUGCUGAGUAAGAUGAUGACAUGUACAGAACAGUCACUGUAUUAUCGCCAGUGGACGGUCCCUCGCUCCUACCACAUGGACAGCAGCAAUCGCACAGAAGGACGAAGUGACAACUUUCACCCUCGCAGGCUGCUGCUCAGUGGACCCCCACAGGUGGGUAAGACAGGAGCAUACCUGCACUUCCUUGGUAUUCUGUCUCGGAUGCUCAUAAGGUUGAUGGAGGUGGAUAUCUAUGAUGAAGAAGACAUCAACUACAGUGCCCAGGCAGAGGGGGUGCAGUACCAUCCACCCAAUGCUCCCUGGCCCAACCCAGACAUUAUGAGGACAAUGCCCUUUGACUACACCAUCCAUGACCCCAAAUAUGAUGAUAUCAGUGCUGUGUAUUGCCCUGGUUAUAGACCCAGUGCUGAGGGAAACCCUGUGCGUCAGGAGGAAGUGUACCUACGUAGGCGAACAUCGAGGAUUAAGCUGUCUAAAUAUGCCGCCUACAAUACCUAUCAUCACUGUGAACAGUGUCAUCAGUACUUGGGCUUCAACCCCAGAUACCAGAUGUAUGAGUCAACACUGCAUGCCUUCACAUUCACACAUCUGCUGCUUGGGGAAGAGAUCCAGCUCUACUUCAUCAUCCCAAAGUCUAAAGAGCACUACUUCAGCUUCAGCCAACCAGGAGGCCAGCUGGAGAGCAUGCGGCUGCCACUCACUUCAGAUUGGAGCCCAGACAGCAUCAAGAGUCCAAUCUUCACUCCAACCACCGGCCGUCAUGAGCAUGGUCUGUUCAACCUGUAUCAUGCUAUGGAUGGAGCCUCACAUCUACAUAUUUUGGUGGUCAAAGAGUAUGAGAUGGCCGUCUAUAAAAAGUACUGGCCCAACCACAUCAUGCUGGUGCUGCCCACUGUCUUCAAUGGAGCUGGGAUAGGUGCUGCUCACUUCCUGAUUAAAGAGCUUUCAUAUCACAACUUGGAGCUGGAGCGCAGUCGUCGGUUGGAGGGAGGGGGCCCGGCGGGUGACGUUUGGCCCUUCAUCAUCCUGGCUGAUGACUCCUGUGUUAUGUGGAACACAGUAGACCUCGACGCACGCAAUGGCCCAGCAGAGCACGCAGUGUCACUGAAGCAGGUCUUACAGCACAUGGAGGCCUGUCCGGACCUGGCCCACUAUGGGCUGUGUGGGAUCAGGAAGUGGAGCAGCCGUGGAGUCACAGGUAAUAAACAGAGGGAGCCCUUCUCCAGAGGUCACCUUCAUGACUUCCUCCUCCUCAAUGUGGACCGGAGUCAGAACAUACAGUACGAUCAAAACCGCUUCACCUGUCACGAUGUGGACUUCACCCUGAGGCUGCACAGUGCCGGACUGCUCGUCUGCAGGUUUAACAGUUUCAGCGUCAUGAAGAAGCAGAUUGCCAUAGGAGGUUACAGGACGUUUAUUAUCAAGACCAAGAUGACAGAUGUCCCCACCUCUGUGGGGCCUUCGCAGUACAUCUGUGCCCCAGACAGCAAGCACCUGUUCUUGGCUACACCAGCUCAGCUCCUCCUGGAAAAAUACCUCCAACACACCAGCCAGAAGCUGUUUCCACUCAGCACCAAGAACUACACACACCCUGUACUGUCUGUGGACUGUUACCUCAACCUGGGACCUGAGGUGACGGUGUGUUUUGUGAGCUCCAGACCUCACUCUGUCAACAUCAGCACCACAGGGCUACUGUUCAGCGGCCUUCUCCUCUGUUUUGCUGACUCCUUUGUGACUCCUGGGUUCCUCAAGAAGUUCAGCUUCCUCAAAGGUGCGACUCUGUGUGUCAUCAGUGCAGAUCGUAGCUCGUUGAGGCAGACGGUGGGCAGGCUGGAGCUGGAGGAGGAAUGGAGGUUCAGGCUCAGCGACGAAUUCCAGACUGCCAACGCCAAAGAGGACCGACCGCUCUUCUUCCUGACCGGAAAACAUAUAUGACUGGAACAUGUGUAAAAUGUGUAUACAGUGGGCUACAAGUAGUCACAGUCGGGGUUGAAAUGCCAAAGAGAAGUAGAAGAAAUGUGUUGCAAUGUGUUUUGUUGAAUGUACUUACUCACUCACUGGGAAUGGACAGAGUAGGAUAUGCAUUAUAGUCUAACAUGUAAAGCGGUUAGUAGAUUAACAUGUGUAAACUUAGUGGAGGGAAUAUGAAACAUUUGUCAUUACCCAUGACUGCGCGCAUACACACACAAAUAGGAUUUUGAGGUUUGGUCCAGUUGUAGGCUGCCUCGAGCCUAGCAUCCAGACAGACACAUGCAUGUUACUCUGUGAGUAAGCAAAAGAUUAUUCAGGAAGCAUGAAGGAUUUUUCAGGAGGCUUUUCAGUAAACCUCACAUGAAAUUCUGUAAAUAGAAUGGCGCUAUUUACUUUUACUAAUUGUAAAUGCAAACACAUAAAACACUUGACAGCUAAUAUUUUAAAAGACAUUUGUGUGAUAAAUAAGAAAUACCUAUUUUUUGAUUGUAACGGUGUGUGGGGAUUGAAAAGCUGAAAGGAAUCAUCUUCUACGCUUCUUGACAGACUCUUCAUAGACAUAUCUUGAUUUACAGUAUAUUGGAGACAAAAUGCAUUUUUUUACCCUUUGAAGAAAUUCAUUAGAUAGAGUAACUGCAGGUACUGCUUUUGUAUAUUUUCAUACUGUAUGUGUUUGAAAAUGUAUCUGUUUUGGACUUGCUGCAAUAUUCCAGUGUUCUGAAAACUUCCUUGCAAGGUGCACACAACAUGAGAAGCUUUUGAAAUGUUUGACACAAUCGUUUGUGUGCAAUAGUAGCCGAUUUUUGGCAACAAACAUUUUUAUAGGGAAGGGAGGUUUCUUUUGCUUGUGUGUUUUACAUAUGGAAUAUUUUGAACAUAUUUUGUCAGAUUUGUAUUAUGUAAAAAAAAAAAAGUACUUAUUUUCAGUGAUCACAAGGCGUUUCUUGUUUAGAUGUAGAAUACUUUUUAUGCUUUAUGCUCCAUAGACAGUAGGAUGAUUUCAAUUAUGCUUGCGCAGAAACACAAAUCCAACAAAUGUACAGCUUUGUAUGCCUUUUAAUUGUAUAAAUGUACAGAUGUUUUAAAAUUCCUGUGUGUUUGUGUCUGUUUUCAAACACAGAACUUAACCAAUCACUCUAAACGUGAAUGGUGGCAAUACUCAAAAGUUUAUUUGUGCUCCAAAUUUUAAAAAUGUUUUGAUCAAUUAUACCAGCAUGAUAUUUAUCCAUCUAAUUUGAACCAAGUAUAGUAUGUGUAAUAUUGUAAUACUUACAAUUGUGACAUAAAAUAAAUUGGCAUCCUAGCUGAAACCAAGGGCAUGGGUUUGCAUAUGAACGGUAGGGACAUGUCCUACAAAUAUUUUGGGAGGACAGAAUUGUUCCCACCAAUAUUUCAGUGAACUCAUUCACACUAUGUUUGGAGUGAAUUCAUAUUAGAUCAUCUUAAUGUUGCCACCAGGAGGCUAUAUCUCCAAAAUAAUUGAUUUAAGAAUGCCAGCAUUUAAUUGACAGGAAAGGGCGGGGCUAUCUGAAGGCUUGUGUCAUGAGAGAAUAUCACAGUGGUACCGAACAUCACCAGAAAAAUGUCAACUGAUGUUAUUUAACCAUGUUAACUAGCGUUAACUAGCAAGCUCACUCUUUCUUAUGUGGGCAAGCAGUCAGGUUGCUGUCAGGAGUAAACAUAAAAAGGAGGAUAAAUAAAAGAAGACUUGAAAUGUGACUGUGGCUAAUACGACUUUUUUUUAUGCCUUUUAUGAAGUUUUUAUGCCUUACUAUAUUAUGACUUUUUUAUGCCUUAUUAUACUAUGACUGUUUAAUGUCUUACUGACAUUUUUAUGCCUUAUAGGCCCUAUGGCCUUUUUUAUGUCUUACUGUACUGUGGUGUUUUUUAUUACUAUACAAUGGGGUUUUUAUGCGUUACUAUGACUUUUUUUAUGCCUAAAUAAACUAUUACAAUUUAUUUUUUAUGCCUUAUGACGCUGAUGUU